AUGAACCUCACCAUCGACACAAAACCUGGCGUUGGAGGAGGCAUCGACAUCAACCUGAGGCCUCCUGAACUGCCCAAAUUCCCGCUUUCGUCGCCCAUCACGGAAGAGAUUUCCAGUCCGGAGCACUCGUUAUCCGGGGACAGCAAUUCAGGUAAUGACAACGAGCGACGGUCUGUGCCGAAACUUGUGGGUUCUUCUUCGUCUUCUUCCGCGCGUGGUGGUGGAGGAUCUGUGAAUCCAAGCUCCGAUUCGCCGCUGAGUAGGAACGAGUUUGAGAGGACACUUUAUGCAAAUUUGUCGCAGGCGCGACAGGAAGCGCGGCUGAAUCAUAUUGAUAGAGACAAAAGAAGAAGUGGGAUUGUGGAAAAGAAUCGUCGCCCGGCUGGGUUGCAGCUGUUGACGAGCUUUGAGAAGAAGAAGAUCCAUCCUGUUGUUGCUCGGGAUGUGAAUGAUGCUGAUGCUAACAGCAACCGUAACAUGAAUCGUGACGCGAAGGAUACGGGGUAUGCAUUCGUUGAUCUGAGUGAUUUGAAAGAUAUGGCUAGGGCUCGCGAGAAAGAACGAUCGAGAGAGAAUAUGACUGCCGCUGAUUUGGGGCACGAUGACCAUGGCCAUGACCGUGAACACUACAACGCUUCAUCGCAAAGGGACAAGCUGCGUGCCUCGGAAUUGUCACCUUCAGAUAGGCCUAUCGUUAUUGGUCUCACGGUGCCAUACAGCGACUCAACACCCCGAGGAGACACUGUUGACAGUGCCUCUUCGCGCACUCCCGCGACUCCCUCUAUUCUCGUGACGCCUGCAAAGGAGACACCCCCGUGGCACUUGCAUAAGGACGUGGAUAUGAGCACCAGCCCAGAGAUGCUGCAUCAUCCUCGCGUUGCAUCGAGUGUCUACUCGCAGCCGUCUCCUCGCCUGCUCUCUAACGAAGACAUACCGCCUGUCCCUGCCAUUCCGGCCUUUCAUUCUAUAGUUCACCAUCAGAAUAACUCAACGGACCAGAUUUUCUCACCUCAAAAUACUUCAACUCUGCACCAACACCAACAUCAACAAGAGCAGCGUCCGCUGUCUACAAACACUGAAUUCGAAGUGGAGGACCGAGAGAAGACGGUAUUAUCUGUCGAUGAAAACAACGAGAACGAAAACGACAAGAAAAAGAAGAAGGUCCUCCAUAAACUAAGCGUCAACACAACGGAUGCCAACAGACACCGAUCCCAGGGAUGGUGGACCUAUCUCCUGUCUCCGCUGUUGAGUCGCUCGAGCACCGUGAGCAGUCGCAGGACAGCCACUCUGCUGUCUCCCGGACAGCAUUCUUUCAAUCCUCCUUUGUCGGCUACAUCGUACACAACAUUGUCACCACCGCAAAACGGCUAUGCUAGCACUGGUGUUAGUAGCCUGAACUGGUGGGACGAGAAGAAAGAGGAUCUGGUAACGAUGCCUGAAAAAUCGCAUUUCUCGCCUGACACCCCCGAGGAUCAAGACACUAUUCUAAGCCGAAGCGCCGGAAUUUGGGGUAGUAACCUUGACGAUACUAUUGAUCACAACGAACCUUCUGCCUCCACUACUCGAAACGAAGCUACAAGAAGCGUCUUCCAGACGGGAAACGUGGUAGUGCCCAAUUUCGACCUGCACGGUUGUGCCGCCGAGUACUACCAGGCGAGUGCGCACGAUUUGUAUAACAAAGAUGAUCCGUAUUUUGAGUGUGUGAAUCAUGUGUGUUCAAUGACUUCGGCGAAGCGUCUGGCGGAAAUCGAGGCUUGUCUUGCUGCGGAGGAGGAGGAGAGAAAAAAAGCGUUGGCUGAAUCUGAAUCUGAAGCUGGGCAGGGGAACAUGGGGUUGGCUGUCAUUGCUGUUAUUGAUCCGUCGGCGGAUUCGAGGAAUCCGUUUAUUGCACUGAUUCAGGACCAGGCUAGGGUGAAAGAGGUUGGUGGUGGUGGUGAUGAUGAUGAUGAUGAGAAGGACGAAAUGGGUGAUGAGAAAGUUGAGAAGCAUGAAGAGGAAGCACAUGGGCAUGCCGACGAAUCGGUCAAAGCUGCACCGGAGGAGAGCAAGGACUUGAUUCCUGUUGACGGCGGAGAUGAUGAGGAGAAAGAAAGAGCAGCAGAACCUGUGAUUGAGCGUGGCCCUGCAUCCCUCUCGUCGAGUAGAACAACAUAUGAACCUCCUAAUUUGCCGGCAGAGAGAUCUGUUCACACGCCCUCGCCUCCGCCCUCGUAUCGUGAGCGGUCUCCACCACCUCAACCUGAAGCUGCGCUAGAGCCGCAGCCUGAAAUGCCUCGCGAAGUUCCUCGUGAAGCUCCCCGUGAACGUGCGAGUUAUGAUAGAGAGGUAGCUCCGCAGCCAGAACCAGCCCCGACGCCAACUCCAGCACAGAUACCGGUACCAGCGCCAGCGCCAGCUCCAGCUCCAGUGUACGUGCCCAUACCGCAAGCCCCGCCUCCUCAAAUAGUGUAUGUACCCAUGCCAGCCCCGGCUCCAGCUUCUCAGCCAAUGCAUAUGCCUAUGCAAGAGCAAGAACCAAUCCCUACUCCAGCGCCUGCUCCGGACCCAGCACCUAUGCGGAUGCCACCAACAAUGCUGGUAGAAGCACGAGGUCCGACAUCAGAAGCCAAACCAGAAUCAGAAACAGAUCACAGGUUAGAAUCUGAGCCUGAGCCUGAGCCGGAACAAGGUGAAAUCCUCCCACAAAUAAUGCCUCCACCCAGAAACAAACUUCGCAAGGCCAAACCCCCUGGAUAUGGACAAGAUCUUGCAUCAAAAUCUAGCGAUAAGCAACUUCCUAGACCGGUCAUGCCAAGCAAAGCACCAUCUCCAACAUUGAGUGCCCCAAAAAAUCCUGAAGAAUCGGCACAGGAGCUGGAGCUGGAGCUAGAACUGGAAGUGGAGGUUGUUAAUAUGCCCUCAUCGGCGAAGAACUCAUCGGAGAGCAAACCUCGCGAGCGCGGAAUACCUCGUGGGUAUGAAUGGGAGUCUGCGCCGAUGGCUCGGGGUAAAUCACCACCGAGACUUCCUGGAGCGGUGUAUCACUCCUCAGAUUCGUCGAGCAGAUUUGGAGAGUUGGGAUUAGGGCGAGAACAAGAACACAUUCAAACGUCCUCGCGAAUAGCGCCUUCAUCUAGCAGCCAAUCUUGCGGCCGUGAAAUACCUCGUGAAGUGCCUCGUGGCUACGAAUGGGAAUCUGCGCCGGCUCGGGGCAGAUCACCACCCAGAUCUGCGAGAUUGCCUGCGGCAAUGUCUCAAGAUAGAUCACAGCCGAUUCCAUCCAGAGCGGCCCCUCGGGCAGAUGUGCUAAUAGACCUUGAAGAAUCAGAAUCAGAACCCCAUCCAAUGCCCUCAUCGAAUAAUAAACUUUAUAGAUCUAGAACGCGAGAGUAUAACUUUGACCCAGCGCCAGUUUCUCGUGCAAAGUCACCUUCUCGGCCAGCUAGAAUGCAUUCACCAUCGUUUGAACCUAGAAUAACGCCUGUUUUGCCCGAUACUUCGAGAAAUGAUGCGCCGAGAGACUUUGGAGAGUUAGCCUCGGCACGAGAAGUAGAGACAGAGCCCCUUUCAGUGCCUGCAUCGAACAACGAAUCUCGCAGGCUCAGAAGACGCGAGUAUGAGGCAGAACCUGCACCAAUGACUUCAACAACAGUGCCUCCAAAAACCGAGUAUUCAUCAUCAGAAACUUUAAGAGGUUUUGAGGAAUUGACGCACGAAUCAGAAUCGGAACACGUUGCAAUGCCAUCGUCAACAAUGCCCACACCUAACGACCAAAGUCGCAGAGUCAGAAGGCCUGAGCGAGAGUAUGAACAGGAAUCUGCACAAAUUACCCGAGAAAGAUCAUCAUCUAGACCAGCUAGAAUGCAUUCACCACAGCUUGCACCUAGAGCGGCAUAUCCUUCUUCGGAAGCAUCGAGAGACUUUGAGGUAUCGACACGACAGCCAGAGCAAGAACCCAUUUCAAUGGCUUCACAAAACGACCAAGCUCGCACACUCAGAAGGCGUGAGUACGACAUGGAACCUGCCCAAUUCUCCCGAACAAGAUCACCACCCAGAGCAGCGUCCCCAUUACCAGAUACAUCAAGAAACGACGCACCAAGAGACCUUGAUGAACCUGCUCCCACCCCAGUGUCUAGACCAGCACCAGCUCUACAGGCUACCCCUUCUUUCCACCGGCCAAGCCCGUUCUGGUCACGGCGGCGCAAUCCUUCGCCUCUAGUUUCUCCCGCACCACGUCAGGAUAGCCGGGGUGACGCAUCGGAAGAUUCGGAUUCGGAAUCAGUAUUGCCACCAUACUCUGCGGCACCAUCUAACAGAGAUACUCCUCGAUAUCGAGCAGUUUUCCCACUCAAUCACAGUACACGUAAUGCCCAGCGCCAACAGCCAGACUCCCCGGCACCGGCAUCUCCAGGCUUACAACAAGCAAUGACCAGCAGGGGCGGGAUACCCAUGUCUGAAGUCAACCAGCGAGGGAUAGAAGAGUCAAAUAUGUCGCAUGGAAAUCCUCGAGCUGUCAAUGUGCACGGGCAGAACUAUUUUAGAGAAGACUUCGACCAACCACGCCCCGGAAACCAAUUCGUCACACCAGCGCAGUUACGUGGCCAUGAACGUAACGAGGCUCGACGGCGGCGACUAGAAAAAGAAGACAACUUCGCCAAAAGACUGGGUAGUCUCUGGCGCGGACGCGCAUGUUUCCCUGCCAAAGGCUGCUUUGGCCGUAAAGGCGGCCGCGAGAAGAGGAAACGUCGACGGUGGUAUUGCGCCAUUAUUGCAUUUUGUCUUGUCGUGAUUAUUAUUUGUGUCUCUCUCGCGACAACGCUCACUCACAAAGGCGACUCGACCCCGACUCAGUCGGAAUGGUUGAACUUGACUGGCUUCCCGCCUAUGCCCACGGGCAUCAUGACCGUUGCUGGACCGGCGCCGGUGGUAGAAAGGAGCAGCUGUAUUGCGCCGUCGCAGGCAUGGAGUUGCGCACUGCCAAAGGAGCAGCAGGCUAGUAAUGCGGGGGGUUAUGCGGCUGAUUAUCCUAACUUCAGGUUUGAGAUUCGCUUCAGAAAUGGGACUAAUACUACCGCGGGCGACAAUAGUUCUUCGGCGAAUUCAACUGCAUCGAGAAGGUCUUUGUUUUCUGCAUUGUAUCGCAGAGAUGGGACCUGGGAUCCGUCACCGACGGCGCCUCGGCUCGUCGAUCAGAUAUUCCUGGGAAAUACGACAGAUAAUAUUACGGAACCUUUUCAAGGAGAAGAUACGCCGUUCUAUAUCACGGUGCUCUCGCCACUUGAUAUGGCUAAUUCGACGGCUGCAAAGGUCAAACGAGAUGAUUCUAGCACUACUUCUGCAACGGGAACUGCUUCGGGUUCGAGUGUGACUGGUACUAGCAGUACGGGUACAGGUACGAGUGCUGGCACAGCUACUGCUACUGCUACUGCUACUGGCACAAACACUGGUACUGGAACAAGUACCAGCACCACAAGCACCAGUUCUUCAUCGUCAGGUUCAGAUUUCGAUGUUAACAGUAUAAUUCCUGCGCCGGCCAUGGCAUCCGAUGGCAGCGCCGCCGCCGCCACAUUGUAUCCCCUUCCAAUCUCGCAGCCAGUGAAACUGUACAAUCGGGGCCUGGCAUCGGAGCACUACGGGUUUUACACAUACUUCGACAAGAGUAUAUUUCUCGCCUCAAACGGAACAGUCACAGGCGAUACCACAGACGAAAACCCGAAUGAUUCUAAUGGCGGAAGUAAGGAGACCGAUGCCAGCGUGCGUUGUACAUGGUCACAGACACGCUUCCUUGUGCGCAUCUGGACACAGCCACAGAAUGUAUCACAUAUGGUGCUCACUUCUUCUGCGAAUAUCACGACUAGUACAACAAAUUCUUUUUCCUCCACGUCUACCAGCACCGCGGCCAAGAGCACCAAAACCGCAAGUAGCUCGGCAUCAGCUUCAUCCUCAUCCGCAAACGACUUCGUAUCACCUGGAUCCUUCCCUUACCCAAUCACAAUAACGAUAGACCGGCACGGCGGCCUCGCUACUAAGAAACUGGCCUACUGCUACGGUCUCGAGCAGGACACUACAGCCGACAGUGCCGACGGCGAUGUGGCAGGGACAUACUACAAUUUGACAAACCCCAAGUUACAAAAUGAGGAUAGAUCGUCUGGUGGUACGAUUGUGAAUCCUAGUCCGGAUUAUUUGGUUUUGGCAGAGGCGAUUGAGCAAAAUGUGCCGGAGGAUGAGAUUAAACCGAUUGAUGGCGGCACGGGAGGCUGUAUGUGUGAAUGGAGGAAUUGGGUAGAUGUAUCUUAA